AUGAAGGCUGUUUUCUCUGGCGGGCUGUUUGCGUGCUUUGUUGUACUCGCUGGGAAUGCCGUUGCAUUAUCGUCAACGGAGGACUUGGCCCUCCUCUCCAGCAUCUCAGCCGUUGAACACAUCGCGGCCAGUUCUUCGUCCGAAGAACCACUAUCAGCUCUGCAAGCUCUUUUACAGAUUGCCUGCUUCUCAGUCGCCCGGCAGACAGCGGUCUCGAGAGCGUCAACCCACUCGCAUCCUCCUGCAGAGGCGACUCCGGUAUUUAACAAUCGAGCCGACGUCAUCGGUAAAGUUAAUCUGUAA